AGAGGAACUGUGCCCACCACUGGAAAUCAAUGACAUUUGUCUCUUGUCUUGUGUCCUUCAGAACGGACUCUGCCUCAUGAUGGCUGACAACAACCGGUUGCCACAGGAUACAGGAUUCAAGCUGAUCACGUGAUCUGACUCCCUCACCACUUCCCUGCCGUCUCUUGAAGGAGGAUCAUGACCCGUCGGCUGAGCAGCUCCACUCGUUCGCACACCGAAGACUCCAUCUUCUUGAAACCCGAUGAGGACCCUGUCUGGCUGGACGAACCCACAAAAAUAGACAAAAUAGGCGAUGGAGCCCCUAAAAAGGACGAGCUCCUUGACUGUAAAGAUGGACCAACGGGAUUUCAACACCCACACGGAGAGGAGAUGUUUAUUGUCAGUGUGUACAAUGUGGUGAUUGAGAUUCACUGCUGGGUUGCUCUCUUUGUCGUCUCCCAAGUCAUGGGGUACUGGGUGUUUUUUGUGCUGGAAGGAAAUGGACCAUUCUCGUCCAUCUACAAAGCCCUGCAGGUCAUCGAAUCCUACUUUAGCUUCAUUUUACCAUACCCACCUAUUUUUGGAACGGAUACAUCUUUGUUGAUGAAAGAGGUGGAAAACACCAAACAGCACAACUGGGUCGUCCAUGGCACAUCCGGUGUUGGCGUGACCAUUGGUAUUAUUAUGAUCAUCCACAUGCUCUGUAAGUGGCGUUACGGCACUGGAUUGUGGUCAUCAGAACCAGUGUCGAGAAACGUUGGCGACCGGCGUCAGUCUGUGAGCCGUCAGCCCUCCUUCACCCUAUCAGAGUGGACAGACGCCCAGGAGGACCUGCUGGACCUUGACCCUGUGCCUCAGACCCCUGUGUUUGAAAUGGGUACAGACACCAGAAUGGAAGCAGACGCUUCCACCCUCACCGUCACACCCGUGGGGCUUCAGGAGAGGAGAGGCUCCAAUGUUUCUCUGACGCUGGACAUGUGCACACCAGGCUGCACGGAGCCCUACGGCUACGGAGCCCAGCUCUCUCCAAGAGACCAGUCGGCCCAGGAGUACCUCCGACAGGGAACGCACGUCCUGACCCCUGCCAUGCUGCACACGAGGGCCAUGGAUGACCAGAGCCUGCAGGCCGAGUUUUAUGAAACUCCCAUGAAUUUUGUGGAUCCCAAGGAGUACAAUUAUCCAGGCCUUGUGAGAAAGAACCGCUAUAAAACCAUUUUACCGAACACGCACAGCAGAGUCGUCUUGAAGUCGCAGGAUGAAGAUGAUUUUCUUUCUACCUACAUCAAUGCUAAUUAUCUCAAAGGUUAUAGGGAUGAAGAACAGGCGUACAUCGCCACACAGGGCCCCACUGUGAACACAGUGGGGGACUUCUGGAGGAUGGUGUGGCAGGAGAAAUGCCCCAUUAUAGUGAUGAUCACCAAUCUGGAGGAGAAGAAUGAGAAAUGUGCAGAGUACUGGCCUGAGGACACUGUGACCCAUGAGGGAAUAGAGAUUAGUGUCGUGUCGGUGACCCAAGAGGAUGACUACAGUCUGAGGGUGUUCACGCUGAAGUGCGAGGAAGAGGAGCGCACUCUAAGACAUUAUUGGUACAUCUCCUGGCCCGAUCAGAAGACGCCAGACAAAGCUCCGCCCCUGCUGGAGCUGGUACAGGAAGUGGARCGAGCCAGAGAGGAAGCUCCGCCCUCCAGUGGCCCGACAAUAGUCCAUUGCAGUGCUGGAAUUGGUCGAACUGGCUGUUUCAUUGCCACCUCCAUCCUGUGUAAGCAGCUGAGGUCUGAAGGUGUAGUGGACAUCCUCAGAACCACCUGUCAGCUCCGCCUGGACAGAGGUGGGAUGAUCCAGACCUGUGAGCAGUACCAGUUUGUGCAUCAUGUCCUCAGCCUGUAUGAGAAGCAGCUGUCUCACACUGCUGAGGAGUAGAGGGAAGGCUAACAGCCGCWCCCAGACCGAGACACACCACUGUACACCAUACCGCCCGUGGUGGUAUGCUCCAUCAUCWCACAACGUCACCCUUUAACAACGUCAAACCAUGUCAAUCUCUUCAUCAGACGGGACUGAGCAGUUCAUACAUCUGUGCUUAUCCUUUGUCUUGGAACAUAGGAAACAAGGAGGAUUACAACACCAAUUUAAAAAAAAGGUGGAACUUUGUGUAAAGUGUAAAAAAAAGCAAUGAUAUGCAAUUCUCUUAAGCCUUUGCUUUAUUCACAGUUGAACAUAAUUAACAUGCUGUUUUAAACUUUUUAAAUUAUACCAUUAAAAGAAAAUUUUUAAUUUCAUGGCAGCAACAAAUCUUUAAAAAAUGUGGACAKGUGCUACAUAAGACAUCUUGGGYUCAGGAACACUUUCAUAUAUUGUAYGUAAACACAAUUCACCAACUUAUCCGAAUCMCARGGUUAAAGCUCUAUCACACAAAGGAACACUAUCCAGAAACAAAUCACGUUUUGAAAUUCUCUUUGAAAACUACAACCGUCACGUCCUAUUUACUAAAGAUAAAAGGGACCAUCCAGCCUGUUCUCAAAAGCCUGCCUCUCUGAUGAUAUGGGGGUGCAUUAGUGCUGUURUCAAAUCCAACACUACUUUUGUUCUGUAAAAAAAUGGUAAAGCAUCUUAGUUUAAACAUUUGACAUGUUUAAUACUGUAAGGUUCAUUGUGAAUAAGGCGUAGGUUUAUGAGAGUUUCAGUCAUUGCAUUCUGUCUUGAUUUACAGUUUACACAACAUCCAAAGGCUUCACCCCUCAUCCUCAAGGAAAACAAAACAAAGAAUUAAUUUAACAAAAGCAACAUGCUAACUAUCAUCAGUUCCCUCCGAACCAAUCCAAGCCUCCUGUUCCGGAUGAUGUUUCAUUUGCACCGCUAAGGUUUUCUAUCACGCUGAAAUUCAUAACUCUCAGUUGUCAAGGCCUUUCUUCCCUCUUGGUCUGAAAUAGCUCCCUUACGUAAUGACUGUACAGCUAUCAAAAGGUUAAACCGGAACUGGAGCACUGUCAGAUGGCCUGCAGUGAAAUUUGCUUUAGGAAAAAUCUAAGUUCAGUUUAGGAAAGUUAGUGCUGAUAUUAAAGGGCCCUUUACAAUAUAAGUGCCAGAAUAUAGUUUCAAUCUACAGAGAUAAUAAYGCCAGCCUAAUAURUAACAAUAUAAUGAUGUAAAAAUUAACUAACAUUUAGCUUUUCAGACUGAUUCUAUUUUAAUGUAAAAAUUAUAAAUAUAUAUAUAAAUAUAUAUUACAGAAGGCCUGAGUCACUUCAUCUUCAGGUUGCAUGGUGCUAAGUGUUCAUUAAAGGCAUGUGCAAUGCUAUGGAGCAUAGGAAUGUAACAGUUAGGUUUAAUUAUCUGAUUAGGAUUUCCGUGCGAACUACAGUAUUACGUUUUUGUUUUUUGGAUGUUUUUGUUUUGUUUUUGUUCGUUUUUCAACGCUGCCUGUGCAUUUUCCACGGCCCACGAUGUUCACAGGAAACAACUUCUGCAUUAAGGCCACACAGAUGUUCACCCAGGGGCAUCACAGAGACGACAACGCUGGAGUGGGAAAAGACAGAAAAGGGGUUUUUAAUUUCGUACGUCUUCAGUAACAGAAGAAGAACUAGCGUUCGUUAAACAAAUGCAUAUCACCAAAGUUUUACGCUAAAUCCAUCUCAUGCUGAGAACGGACGGAAUCGUUUGGUCAAACUUUGUAAGUCAAAUUACGCACGAUGUGUUAGCACUCAGAGAACAUGUUUAAGAUGACUCUCAGCUACAACCACACCAAACUUAGCUCGAUCUGCAAAACCGACUGAUUUAUAGUUGUUUUUGUUUUUGGUAAUGUUGAUUAGCUGCAGCGGACAUCUUGAAUUGGUUUUAUACCUGCGUUAUAGACGAACGUUUGAUGAUCACUUUCUGAGUUUCUUUUAAAUCUGUAUAGUAGUUCAUGACAUAUUUUGCUAACAAACAGACAACUUAAAUCAUGUGUUUGAGAAAAGGCUCAACUACUAGCACACAAACUCUUAGCUGAAUAUUUGUACAUUUGGCUGCGUUAUCGCACUCAUAUGUUGCCUAAGAUUGUUAAGUUGCCAUCUCGACAGGGCUUAGAUUUUUUAUUCAAAUCUGUCUACUGGUUCAAAUUUUGCCAACACUACAAACACACUGCUUCUCGCUUUUGGUGGCAGUAACAAAUGAGAAAAGGAGUAUUUAUGUCCCUCCUGUCUGAGGUUUCCUGUUCUCUGUGACGCCUCUGCUGUCAGCAGUAACUUCAACGUGUUUGUGAAAUGAAAAAAAAAAAAAAAAAGCCCAUGAUGGUUGUAUAGACAGGCCAGACCUAAUCUGUAUGAAGCACAAAUGACCAACUAAGGUUGUCUCUCUGAUGUAAAUCUUCUUUCUUUUUCCGUAUUGUGUUUUUUGAUUGUGUUGAGUUUAAUGGAUUGCAUGUGCCGUAUGGGACUCCGUAGGUCCACAAUCAAAGCGACGUGAUUGAUUGUCCUGCUUUUCGUUGUGUAAAAGGGUUUAAAGCCUGUUAUUAUAUUGCUUGCUUUCGGCCAAUGCUUUUGAUACAGUUUGCUUUUGUGAAACCAACCAGAGAUAUUUUUAGAACAUUUUGAUACAAUCCUUUCGAGUAGAUGCCUUGUGUAUAUUUCUGUUUACAACAUGAUGGAAUGUAGCUCAUACUGUGGAUCAAAACCAUUGGUUUAUAUUGCAAGACUUAACAGAACAAAAUGUGACAACUACCUAAGUUACCUUACAGUAUUGUAACUAAAUAGAUUAUGUUCAGUCUUCAGUAUUGAUACUUUUAGGCCUUUAGGCUUUGCUUUAUUAUGCUUUGCUUUAUGUGUAUGUUUUUACCGUUUUCUUGGAGAAUUUUACCUCAGACUGAGUUUUUUUUUACACAGUUCCUAUAUCCAACUGUGACUCUAGGCCACUCUCAGUCAACCACACAGUUGAGAAAUAAUUGCUAUGUGUGAAGGCAGCUAAAACAGUGGAGAUAGUUUUUUAUGUAAUAAACAAACAAGCCACUUUUCUGGCCAUGAACAUUAUCAGAGGAUGGAAUUAACUAAUUGUGUGGACCAAUUAGUAUUUUUUUAAUCAGCCUUAUGAGGAAAGUAAAACUGCCAAAAUUAUAAAGAAAUACGGGAGUGAGACUGACAAGAAAAGCUACAAUCGAUCAUAAGAGCUCUGAUGUAAUCCUCUGAUAAUGUCCAGUGUGUUUAACUCAACAGCUUUUAUUUUGGGUGCUUGUUAUCAGUGCUUCACUGGUCCUCCUGUGGACAACAAAACAUCCAGUCAAACAUCCAACAACCAGCAAUCAGUAUUCCUCUCCUCUGCUAAGGUAUCGCUUUAAGUUGUGAGUUUUUGCAUCCAAAUAAAGGUAGAGUUUCAUGAA